CAAUCAACAUUACCGAACACGCACAUGUCUUUAUCAGCAUAAAAUUGCUACUUUCAGGUAUUAAUUUAUUAUGCUCUGUUCUGUGCCUUAGUACGUCUAGUGAGCAAAUCAUACAUCAUGAAAAUUCAAAACCGAUACACUUCAAUAGCGUGCAAUCGAACACCGGAAGCUCUGGACUGGGGUGAUGAUGGACUCAUUUAUUACGCCGCAUGCCACGCGAUUGCAGUUUUUGAUCCCAAUUUCCAUGGAUCCUCUAAGAUUGUCCGUACAUUCUGUGGUCACAAAGCCCGCGUAAAUACGGUGAAAAAAUUACCGACAAAUGCACAACAGCAAGUCGAUCUCAUCUCCGGAUCGGAUGACGGUACGUGUAUUCUAUGGAACACGCAAGACUUGUCGCAACCCGUACAACAUGUGCUGGCAGGUCACACGAAAGGAGUAACGCAGGUAGACGCUCUCUACCAAAGUGAACGCUUGACCGUUGCCACCGGGUCGGCAGAUAGCAGCAUUAGGCUGUGGCGCAUUGAUGAAGGAGGAAAAUUUGAUUGCGUUCAAACCAUUACCCUCGGAACGGGGUACUGCUUUGCGUUGAAGUUUUUCCUACUACCAGGCUCGGGCAGUAUGAUGUUGGCCUGUGCUAUGGAUAACGACCUGAUCCAUUUGUACGCUUCCACCGGAAAUCAGUUUGUUUUAGUGGAUAAAUUGAAAGGACAUGCGGAUUGGGUUCGUGGGCUUGAUUGCGUAAAAGAUGUAGAAAAAGACGACUUGUUGCUGGCCAGUGCAUCGCAGGAUGGUUUCAUUCGACUGUGGAGAAUAUCCCAGAGGGAUCAGAUUCAGAUUCAAAAGUCGUUUGAAGAAUUCUCUCUUGAAGAAGAUAUUGUUCUGGAAGAAAAAGUUUUCAGCAUCAAUCAUGAAGAAAGCACUUACUACUACGCUGUAUCGCUGGAAUCAGUUCUGCAAGGUCACGAAGGCUGGGUUUAUGGAGUACAUUUCAGCAAGCAAGGUUCCCAGCUUCAUCUGUUGUCUAGUUCGAUAGAUAAAACGCUCACAAUUUGGACACCGCAUGACUCUGGAAUCUGGUUUGAAAGCGUUCGCGUAGGUGAGGUUGGUGGCGCUUCUCUCGGUUUCUAUGGAGGGAAGUUUUCACCGACUGGACGAUCAAUAAUUGGACACGGAUUCCAGGGAAGCCUCCAUCUGUGGCAUCAAGAUCAGGCAGUUUCCAGUGUUUGGACUCCUGGCAUCACCGUCGGAGGGCAUUUUGAAGCAGUGCGAGAUUUGGCAUGGGAUCCGGAAGAUGGCCAUUUUCUAGUUACAGUAUCUGCAGACCAAACCACAAGGGUACACGCUUGUUGGAAGCGGUCGGACUCGGACGAAGUGACUUGGCACGAGAUCGCUAGGCCGCAAGUCCAUGGCUACGACAUGCAGUGCUUGUGUUUGCUUUCCAGGUAUAGAUUUGCAAGUGGAGCAGAGGAAAAAAUUGUUCGAAUUUUUCAGGCGCCGGGAAAUUUUGUUGAAAAUUUUCGGCAGCUGUGUGCUGUGAAAGAGGAUCAUGAAGGUGAAAACAUUCUGAAAAACACUCCAAAAGGUGCGUCUGUUCCUUCACUUGGACUUUCGAACAAGGCGGUUUACGGCGAUAACGUAGAAAAACCACCGGAAUCGAAGCACGUUAAGGACAUGUAUCCCGAGCAUUAUUUCACGCCUACAACCAUGCUAAACCCACCGACUGAGGAAACAUUGAUGCAGAACACGCUGUGGCCAGAAAUGCAAAAGCUUUACGGGCAUGGAUAUGAGAUGUAUGCUCUUGCUGCAACAGCAGAUGGUCGGUUGAUAGCUUCUGCUAGUCGUGCUACUUCAACAGAACAUGCAAAAAUUCUUAUCUGGGACGCUUCUACGUGGAAAAUUGUGCAGCACUUGCAGGUCCAUCAGCUGACGGUGACACAAUUGGCAUUCGCACCAAGCAACACGCUAUUGUUAGCCGUUUCCCGGGAUCGAACUCUGUCCGUAUUUGAAAACAAAGACCCCGAAGCGACUUGCAACUUCCAGUUAGUCACUCACACGAACAAGCAAACGAGCAUCCACACACGAAUUAUCUGGUGUUGUGAUUGGUCACACGAUUCGAUGCACUUUGCGACUGGUUCUCGCGAUGGAAAGGUGGUAUUCUGGGAACGUAAAGAUGAACAGUACUGUGCCAAAGCUGUACUCGAACUUAAAGGAGAAUCGGUGACCGCUGUGGCAUUCGCUAGGCGAAAACUGCAUCAGGACCAGUACUUAGUAGCGAUUGGGCUGGAAACGGGGAUCAUACAAUUGUACGAAAUCGAACAGGAUUGGAAAUUGCUAGCGAGUGUGAAUCAAACAUGCGGUCACCAUUUAACAGUGAAACGACUUGCUUUCAGACCCAUUGAUGAACUAAUACAAUUAGCUAGCUGCGGUGAAGAUAAUAUGGUUAGAAUCUAUGAUGUCUCUUGUUAAUAAAAAUUAAAAAUGCUAUGCAACAUCGACAAUUUUUAUUUCGAUGAAUUUCAACUUACAAGGUUGCUGGCAGUUGCUUUUAAUACUAGAGUAGAAAAUUAUAAAUCGCAUAAUAAACCAACGAAGCGGUGCGAAGCAGUAUUCAAUCAUUCUCAAUGUUUUAACUUCGCUAAUUUAAAGGUACAAUCAAUUCAACAUCGCUAAAAGCGCGUCUCUGGAAUGAAAAUUUGUAUAAGGCCGCAACUCGGUUGAAACUGAAUUGUAGUACUAUAGAUGGCACGUUCAACAUAUUGCUGAUUUUCAAUCGUAUGCAAAGCCGCACUUCUGUUUAUGUUCAAUAUUGUUCAUCAUGGAGGUGAACACUCUUUUGAGGGACUCUCUGUCAGAAUUCUGUUAAACAAGUAAAUGGAAGAAUUUUAAAAGAAUUUAAUGUGGGGUAAUAUUUGAACUCGUUUAUCAAAAUGAGUAAGACUUCUGAUAACAAUUUCAGGCUCAAAGUCAUCGAAUGAUUGGUAUACAAUACUGCGUGUAAUAUUUACAAGUGUAUUACAUAAACUUAACAUUCUUAUGAUACAAAAUUCGUUAUAAACUAAACCCGCACACGUUAUAAAAUUCGUAUUUUGAAACGCUAGCUGUUCAACUGGGUUUUGUACAAUGUUAAUACAAACUAUGCGAAUCCGUAGAAAUAUGUGAUACUACAUGCGUCAAGUAUUAUAAAAUUAAUAAUUUAUAAAGCUUUUAUUUUGCGUUCUUUCAUAGAACAUCUAGCAGUUCGUGUUUUCAAAUUAUGUAGGACAUCGAAUAAGACUUAUUUUAGGUUUAAAAUCGCAAAAUCUGAACGUAAGAAUGAUUUGAAGAACGUAGAAUAUUUUGUAAUUGCACUUAGAUGUUUUACGUAAUAUAUUGUACAGGCACGUAGCCAGAGGGGGGGCUAAAGCCCCCCCCGAAAAUUUUCAAAAAUAAAUUUAAGAAACAACCUGUUUUUCGGUGACUCUUAAACAAAAUGUAUCUUGUUUGGUUUCAACAAAUUAAUGCGAGAAUUGUGAGGAAGAUUGCUAUUUCGAACCACCGAAGACAGCGGUCAGGAUAUCUACUCAGUAUGCUGAGUGUGAUAAAACAGUUCCUUUCAUGUUGUGUGACUCGUCGGAAGAACAAAAGAAACUGUUACUUUAAUUCUUGCUGUGGGGAUCUGUCGAAUGAUUGAGUCGCAGAAGC